UGGCAGUCUCUGAUUGGCUGACACAGCGGCUCUGUUGACGUAACUCACAGAGACGUUGUUGCCAGUUAACGCACAACCUCUAAACCCGGCGUCGCUAACUUUUAGCUUGAACUCCGCUGCUGGAGGAGUUGUAACUCUGAGAASGGGAUUUACUCUGAGAUAAAAGAUGUUAGAGCACCGAGGUGACAGCGACCUGUUGUCUGAUGACGAUGCAGAUGGAGACUCGGUGGACUCUCAGGUCAGAGAUGACUUCAUGGCGUUGUGUCCGAAGGAGAUGGCGCUCCUCACCCUGAUGGAGAAGACGGGCUACAACAUGGUGCAGGAGAACGGACAGAGGAAGUACGGCGGGCCUCCACCAGGUUGGGAGGGUCCGGCGCCGCCGCGGGGCUGUGAAGUCUUCGUGGGGAAGAUCCCCAGGAACAUGUAUGAAGACGAGCUGGUUCCUCUGUUCGAGAGAGCCGGACAGAUCUAUGAGUUCAGGCUGAUGAUGGAGUUCAGRGGAGAGAACCGGGGCUACGCCUUCGUCAUGUACACCAACAGAGAAGCAGCUCAGAGAGCCAUCCAGAUGCUGGACAACUACGAGGUCCGCUCAGGGAAAUAUAUCGGGGUGUGUGUGAGRCUGGACAACUGCCGCCUCUUCAUCGGGUCCAUCCCCAAAGAGAAGAAGAGGGACGAGAUCCUGGAGGAGAUGAAGAAGGUGACAGAUGGUGUGGUGGACGUCAUUGUGUACCCGAGCUCCACCGACAAGAGCAAGAACCGAGGCUUCGCCUUCAUCGAGUACGAGUCCCACAAAGCUGCCGCCAUGGCCCGGAGGAAGCUCAUCCCAGGAACCUUCCAGCUGUGGGGUCACUCCAUCCAGGUGGACUGGGCCGAGCCGGAGAAAGACGUGGACGAGGAGGUGAUGCAGCGAGUGCGGGUGCUCUAC